AUCAUCAAACAGCGUUUGCUAGCAACAAAGUUCAGUUAAAAUUUAAAUCUUCAAAGAAAAUAAACUACAAAACUAAGAUGGGUUGCAAGGCUUGUGGAACCAACUGCCAGUGCUCGGCCACCAAGUGUGGCGACAACUGUGCCUGCAGCCAGCAGUGCCAGUGCUCCUGCAAGAAUGGACCCAAGGACAAGUGCUGUGCCAACAAGAACUAGGAUUGGAUAUCAUCAGACAAUAAUAUCACGCCUAAUAUCAAUAUCAUCCCUAAAAUAUCAUAAACCUUCUAAUAUCCUAAUUAUAAAUAUAUAAAUA